AUGAGUGAGGACUAAGUCACAGCUCUAUUUUAGAAGAAUGAGGAUCAAGAAGAGAAGCAUUAUUUUAGUACCACUCAUGAUUAUCAGCCUCCUUAGAUGAAAAUGUAUGAUUCUGAUAAUGAAAGUCAAUAAGAAUAUCAUUAAAAUAAUUUUAAGAACGCAAACAUUACUACCAAGGAUGGAGGGGAAUCUUCUAUUGAACAAUCUACAUUUCAGCAUGAUGGAUAAUAUGAGAAUGAUCAAAUAUAGAUUUAAGAAACGGAAUCCUAAGACUAACAAGAGGAAUAAUCCUAUGAUUAGGAGAGUGGAAUAAAACCUGAAAACGUUAAUGAAAUUCCUUUAAAAAGUGUGAAUUUGACAUCAAGCCAAAAAAAGGUGUUUUAAUAAAAAAAAUAAAAAGAAUUCUAAGAUAUGAAAAGUGACCCGCAAAAAUAUGAAGAAUGUGAUUAAAACUAGUCAUAGGCUGUAAAAAGGAAUUACUCCAAAAGUAUUAAAAAGAAUCGGAAGUCCAGGUGUAAAAAUUUUAAAAGCUUGUUUAUAUCUAAUAAAUAGAAGUAAAAGGCUGGAUUGGGUGGGUAGAUAUCUUUUUAAUAAUACGAUAUUUAGAAUGUAAUAAGUAUAUUUAAAAGAUAGCCUUCUUUGUAAAAUCCGGAAGCAAAGAAAGCUGAAAAAAAAAAUAAGAUUUAAUCUGUUAAUGAAGUUGAAACGCGCAGGAUAAUAUAAGCAUAAACAUUGACAAUUUCAAAAAUAUUAUAAAAAUUCUAAAAAUGCAAAACAGAAGAGAAAUUCUAGAGAUUCAUACAAAAAACAUCCAAAUGGAAUUGCUUUUCUAAAUACUCUCCUAAUGUAUUGGUUCAUCUCAUUUGUGACUCUGCUACUUCCCUGGAACCUCUUAAAUAAGUUAUUAUAUUUGAUGAGUUGAAAGCUCAGUUUAAAUAGAUGGAUAAAGAUUGGGAUAUCAGUUUUAACCUUAACUUAUAGAUAAAACUUCAAAGAGAUAGGAUAGAUUUGAGUUAAAUCGAUACUAAAUGGAUUAUUGAAAAGAGAAAUAAAAAACCAGGUGAAAUUCAAAAAUCUUCUAAUUUUUGUUUUCUUUAAAAUUUUAGAAAAUUAUGCAAAGAGAUAGAGAUGCAAGAAACAGAAUUUUAAGAGACUGAACGCUUCAGUAAUGUUGAUGAAAAACUUUAAAUUCAAAUUCAAAAAUCAGAAAUUCCAGAAUAAAAAAAACAAAUUUAGGGUUUAUUGUACGUAGUUAAAGAAAUUCAAUAUCAUAAAGAAUAAUAAUUAAUGAAAAAAAUUAUAGAUUUUGAUCAAACAGACAUCUAUAUGCUUUAUAAAGUUCCAGAGAUUAAAGAGUUAGUUGAUAAUAUCUAGAAUGUAAUAGCAACAUCACCAGAAAAAUUUCUUUAAUAUAUUAAUGUUAAUAGUAUUAAUGGUUAUGAUACUAAGAAUAUUAAGUCCAAAAAGACCAAUCUAUAAUAUUUAUAAAGAUUUAUCGAGAAAAUAUAAACCCUUUUUGUUUAACGAGGAGGCGAAUGAAUAAUUAUAAUAAUACAUUAUUCAACAAUUAUUAUUUUAUA